AUGCGCUGCUCCUCUCCACCUCCCACACCCAUAGCCGGUCAUUCUAAUACAUGCUGGUUAAUACGUGGAUAUGCAGCGCUAAGGAUAAACUGUAACAAAGGGUCCGGACGGUAUAUAAACUCGUCCGUGGAUCAUCUUCUCAGUUCGCUUCGCGUCUUCGCUCAUAACAGCAAUAUGAAUUACCAUCAGUUAACGAAAGUGCUAUUGCUGCUAUCGUGUCUUGCUAGUGAUGCACUCGCUGGAUUGCUUCCGGGUGGUGGCGCCGGUGGUUACCAGUACAACAGACCAGGUGGCGCUGGAUUCGGUGGUCCAGGGGGAUUCUCCGGGGACUUAGGAGGAGGAGAAGGAGGAGGAGGAGGAGGAGGAGGAGGUGGAGGAGGAGGACGAGGAGGAGGCUUUAGAGGGAGACCUUCUUCGUUAUACGGAGCACCAGGUGGCGGUGGUGACGCUGGUGGAUUUGGUGGCCGUCCAUCUACCUCUUAUGGAGCUCCUGGACAAUUCGGAGGCGGAGGUGGAGGCUAUCAGGACGGAGGAUUCCAAGGUGGUUACGGUCGUGACAAUGGAAGACCCCAACCAUACAGCUUCCAGUACGAGGUAUACGAUCCCCCUAGUGGCAAUGACUACUCCCAACGUGAAAGUAGCGAUGGCAACGUGGUUCAAGGGGAAUACAGAGUACUGUUACCAGAUUCGAGAACACAAAUUGUGAAGUAUAUGGCUGAUGAUGCAAAUGGAUAUACUGCUGAUGUUCAAUACGAAGGGCAAGCUCAAUACUCUCGAGGAGGUGCUGGAGCUUAUGGAGCACCUAGUGCAGGAUACCAAGGUGGGUACCAAGGAAGUGCCGGUGGUUUUGGACCUGGCGGUCAAUUCGGCGGAGGUGCGGGUAGUAAUCAGUAUUUACCACCACGUAACAGCUAUCGGAAAUAA